AUGGCUCAAGUAGCUCAAUUAGGUAAAUUGCCUCGUCAAAUCCUUCUGGCAUUCCGAGUCCUUCCAUCCGACAGGAAAAUAUUUUCCCGACAACUGGAAAAAAUUUUCCUUCCGACAGGAAGAACUCUUCCAUCCGACAGGAAAAUAUUUUCCUUCCGACAGGAAGAACUCUUCCAGUUGUCCGUCCGUAAACCAUUCAAAUUUUCGAAAAUUGAGAACUUUUUGGUCGAACUUCAGAAAAAGUUUUUCCUUCCGACAGGAAAAGUUUUUCCAUCCGACAGGAAAAAAUUUUCCUUCCGACAGGAAAAGUUUUUCCUUCCGACAGGACACAAACGGAUGACUGACGUUCCUCUUCCUGAAUGCCUUCCAAAGCCAGAAGAACCGACAGCCCCAGCACCACAACAGACUUACUAA